UAUUACUACUACUACUUUUCUACUAGUACUACUACUACCACUAGUACUACUACUACUAAUAAAAUUAGUAAUACUACUACUACUUCUAGUACUACAAUUAAUACUAGUACUACUACUACUACUACAACUACUACUAGUACUACUACUACUAGUACUAGUACUACUAGUACUAAUACUACUACUAUUACUAAUAGUACUAGUAAUACCACUAGUACUACUACUACUACUAGUACUAAUACUACUACUACUAGUAAUACUACUACUACUUCUAGUACGACUAUUAUUAUUAGUACAACUACUACUACAACUAUUACUAAUAAUACUACUACUAAUAUUACUACUACUACUACCAGUACUACUACUAGUACUACUACUAAUACUACUAGUACUGAUACUACUACUACUACUGCUACUACUAGUACUACUAAUACUACUACUAGUACUACUAAUACUACUACUAGUACUACUACUACUACCACUACUACUACUAGUACUACUACUACUAGUAAUACUACUACUAGUACUACUACUACUAGUACUACUACUAAUACUACUACUAGUACUACUGCUAGUACUACUACUACUCCUAUUACUAAUACUACUAUUCCUACCAAUACUAAUACUACUACUAAUAGUACUAAUAUUAUUACUAGAAUUACUAACACUACUAUUAUUACUAGUACUCCUAAUAAUAGUACUAAUAGUACUACUAAUAAUACUACUACUACUACUAGUACUACUACUAAUAAUACUACGACAAUUAGUACUACUACUACUAGAACUUCUUCCACUAGUACUACUACUAAUACUAGUACUAAUAUUAUUACUAAUACUACCAGUACUACUACUAGUACUACUACUACUACUAGCACUGAUACUAUUACUACUAUUGCUACUACUAGUACUACUACUACUAGUGCUACUACUAAUAAUACUAGUAAUAUUACUACUACCACUACUACUACUAUUAGUACUACUACUACUAGUACUAGUACUACUA